CAUAAUAUAUUUUACCGUCCUCGAAUUAGCUCGUUUUGGCGGAAAGGAACAGAACAGAACUUGUUCAGUCGCCAAUUGCGUUCCUUCCGUUUCUCCCUUCGUUUCCGCUACGGUAGCAUUGGCUUUCGUUGGUUUGGGAGAAUCCGCUUCUCAGGAGGAGAGGGAGAGUGUGGGGAGGAGUUGAUGACAGUCAACGAGAAAGUUUCUUGUCGACUGUAGUGCACCGUGUGUCUAUCAGACCUGGAGAGAGUCCGAGAUUGUGGAUUUUCCGCAUACUCUUCAACGGCUCUCUCGUCCGUCCAAGCUUUUCAAAUAUAACAGUGAGUUUAGACUGUGGUUCGAUGUAUGGCAGUUACGUCUGUUUUCAAACAUUGACUGCAAACAGGGAGAGAAAUAAGAAGAUUGUGGAGUUUAUCGGGCGAGUGUUUAAUGUUUGCUGCUGAGAAGAAUGGUAUGCUGGGGUUAUGAGUGGCAGAGCAGAUGCGUGAGAUUAUCAUUAGAAACGUCUACUUUGAGGCAAUCUUUGAAGGUUUCUGCUUCAGGUUGUUAUGAUGUUCAGAGUCCUGUGAACAUCUAAAGCGUCUCUGUAAGAGUAAAGCGCAAGCAACGUCUGCUAAACGUGGAUUUGUGGUUAGCGGACCAAGAAAUGAACGGCGCCUUCACCGGCCAGAUUCUGGCCGAAAAGCUUAAUAAGCUGAAUAGCUCUCGUCAGAGUAUUGAGACUCUUUCACACUGGUGUAUAUUUCACCGUAAAAAAGCGAAACAAGUGGUGCAAACAUGGGAGAGAGCUUUUCAUGACGCUCCAAGAGAGCAGCGCGUACCAUUUUUGUAUCUUGCUAAUGACAUAUUGCAAAACAGCCGACGGAAAGGUGGCGAGUUUGUUACAGAAUUUUGGAAAGUUCUCUCUGGAGCCUUAAGGGAUGUGAUGGAGCAUGGAGAUGACAGUGGACGUGCCGCUGUUUAUCGUCUUGUUGACAUAUGGGAAGAGAGAAGAGUUUUUGGAUCAAGAGGCAGCAGUCUGCGCGAAGAGCUACUCUUCAAAGCUCCUCUUUCUCCGGUUCAUGACAAUGUCACUGUUGAGCGAGAAAAACCUCCUGCUUCACCCCCUAAAGUUGGUCCUGUUGGGUUUCUGGAGAAGUUUGCAGCGGCAUAUCAAGCCGUACAAGAUGGGCAAACUGAAGAGGAUGAAGCCCUCCAGAACUGUAAUUAUGCAAUAAGUCAUGUUGAAAGUCUGGAGAAGGAGGCAGAAAGUCGCAACAGUGCGGGAGGAGUACAGGAUUCUAUUGCUGACGAACUGCAAGAGCAGCAAGCUGUUUUAGGACACUGUAUAGAGCAGCUGGAGUCAAGUGAGAUGACUCGGGCAACACUGGUCUCUCAACUUAAGGAAGUGCUUCAUGAACAGGAGAGCAAACUGGAGCAUUUGCGAACCCAACUUCAGAUAGCCCAAGCCCAAGCAGAGCAGGCUGGAAGUGUUCGACAACGGUUGCUAACAGGUAGCCCCAGCCUUAGUGAUCUUAGUCCUGUCGGACGAGAAAAUGGAGGUUCUACUCGAGAUGCAAGUCUCAACCACCAUCCUGACGGUUCAUCAGUUUUAUCUGACAAGGACAACAAUAACUCAAGGAUGAAUGUAACUGGGAGUCAGCAACCUUCAUCGGGUUCCAUGGGGAUGGAGAGAACUGCACCUUUGGAUGAUGACAGCAAGAAGCAGAAUAACGGCAAUGCAGCAGCGGCAGCAGCUGAAGUUGCUGCAAAACUAGCAGCCAAUACAUCUUCUGCAGCAAUGCUUACCUCUGUGUUGUCAUCUUUGGCUGCAGAGGAAGCUCGGACACCAGCUUCUAUGGCUCUUGAUGUUCCUAACCUUGGGAGACCUUUGGACAAGCGACAGCGAAUCGAUGUCAGGCCUGACGGGUCUGACCAGGUUCAGUCUUACGCAAUGGCCCCACAACCAUCCCAUCAACAGCAGACUCACCAGCAUCAACUUCCACAACCUCCACCUAUGGGGCAAUAUAUGCAGCAGCCUAUGAUGUCUAUGCAGUAUGCUUAUGGGGGUCCAUUGCCACCACCUCCCCCAAUGCAAGGCCAUCCGAUGAUGCAAUUGGCAAGGAUGGGUGGUCCUCCUCAACCCCUCCCUCCAGGCUGUGGAACACAACAGCCCCCUUAUCAACCACUGCAGCCUCCCAACAUGGGUUACUAUAGCUCACCGCCAUUGCCUGCUCCUCCUGCCCCGAUCCGACCACAAUGAAACAUCAAGCUAAGGUUUAAUUACGUGCAAGUUAGGUUCCUGUUCAUGUACAACGAUGUCGCACCCAAGAACGGAUUGUACUAACCCGGUGCUUUGGGUUUAUGUGUAUAGUGCCUUAGUUAGCAAAAGCUUGAUGUGUGUGUGUUUGUGUGUUGGUAGGAUGUAGCAAGAUAUAGUGUUUAGUCUAGUGUAGUGUCUAGAUCUAAACAUGGCUUCUCUUUAUUCUGGAGGCGGAGAUCUUGCCAUGAUGUAAGGUUGCACAUCAAUUUUUCUCCUAGUCUACGCUGUGCUGUAUUUGUCUGCACAGGAAUUGGUGUGUUGAGUUCAAAUUGUAUUGUCUACUUUGAGUUACUUCUCUGUAUGUAGUACUUAAUUUAGUUCACGGAGGCUUCACUUUUGUUUUGUUUCCUCACAUCCAGCAACAUGACAGAAACCUGCAAUUGCUCCAACGCAUCUACAGAACGUCAACAGAGGCGAGCUGAAAUUACUUCUGCUAAGACUGGCAUGGGGACCAGCAC